AAGUGAGGUGUCUGCCGAGUGUCGCGGCUUCCGGUUGGCGCAGGCGGAGGAGUUGGCGGCGCUGGUCGCGGGGGGCGCGCGGGCUGCCGGGGCUGGUUGCUGGCCGCCCGGCCGGGGCGAUGUUCCGAACCGCCAUCAUGAUGGCUGCCAGCCUGGCCUUGACGUCCGCCGUGGUGGCCCACGCGUAUUACCUGAAGCAUCAGUUCUACCCGACUGUGGUGUACCUGACGAAGUCCAGCCCCAGCAUGGCAGUGCUGUACAUUCAGGCCUUCGUCUUGGUGUUCCUUUUAGGCAAGUUCAUGGGCAAAGUGUUUUUCGGACAGCUCCGGGCAGCGGAAAUGGAGCACCUGCUCGAGCGGUCGUGGUAUGCCGUGACCGAGACCUGCCUUGCCUUCACAGUCUUCAGGGACGACUUCAGCCCCCGCUUUGUGGCCCUGUUCACCCUGCUCCUCUUCCUCAAGUGCUUCCACUGGCUGGCCGAGGACCGGGUGGACUUUAUGGAGAGGAGCCCGAACAUAUCCUGGCUCUUUCAUUUCCGCAUCGUCUCUCUGAUGCUGCUCCUGGGCGUCAUGGACUUCCUCUUCGUCAGCCACGCCUACCAGAGCAUCCUCACGCGGGGGGCCUCGGUGCAGCUGGUCUUCGGCUUUGAGUACGCCAUCCUCCUGACCAUGGUGCUCACCAUCUUCAUCAAAUACGUCCUGCACUCCGUCGACCUCCAGAGCGAGAACCCCUGGGACAACAAGGCCGUCUACAUGCUCUACACAGAGCUCUUCACAGGCUUCAUCAAGGUCCUCCUGUACAUGGCCUUCAUGACCAUCAUGAUCAAAGUCCACACCUUCCCGCUCUUCGCCAUCCGGCCCAUGUACCUGGCCAUGAGGCAGUUCAAAAAGGCCGUGACAGACGCGAUCAUGUCGCGCCGAGCGAUCCGCAACAUGAACACCCUGUACCCCGACGCCACCCCGGAGGAGCUGCAGGCCAUGGACAACGUCUGCAUCAUCUGCCGGGAGGAGAUGGUGACGGGCGCCAAGCGCCUGCCGUGCAACCACAUUUUCCACACCAGCUGCCUGCGAUCCUGGUUCCAGCGGCAACAGACCUGCCCCACGUGCCGGAUGGACGUCCUGCGGGCCUCCCUCCCCACGCAGUCGCCGACGCCCCCCGAGCAGCCGGAGAGGGGGCAGCAGCCCCCGCACCCGGGGCCCCAGCCCCCAAACUUUCCCCAGGGCAUCCUGCCGCCUUUUCCUCCGGGAAUGCUCCCCCUCUGGCCCCCCAUGGCUCCGUUCCCUCCGGUGCCCGGGGUCCAGCCGCCCCACAACAUGGACAACGCUGCUCCCGGGGCCGCCGCUGCCGCUCCUUCUGCAUCAGGAACACACGCCUCAGGCACCGCAAGGCCCAGCGGGGACUCGACCUCUCCAGCGGACGGUGCGGCCCCUUCGGGGACAGUGCCCGGCUUCCCCUUCCCUCCUCCUUGGAUGGGGAUGCCGUUCCCGCCGUUCUUUGGUUUUCCUCCCAUGCCAGUUCCGCCCUCGGGCUUUGCGGGGCUGACGGAAGACGAGCUGCGGGCCAUGGAGGGCCACGAGCGGCAGCACCUGGAAGCCCGGCUCCAGUGCCUGCAGAACAUCCACACGCUCCUGGACGCGGCCAUGCUGCAGAUCAACCAGUACCUCACCGUCCUGGCCACCAUCGGGGCGCCCCGGACUUCCGCAGCGCCAUCGAGUGCUCCCGCCACUUCGCCCUCUCCGCCCGAGACCCUCGGCUCCGAGCCUCUCUCUGGUGACGCCUCCAGCCCUUCGCAACCCGCCAGCAGCUCCGUGUCCCCGGCAGCAGAGACAGACCCGUCAGCGCAAGCAGGCCCGUCCUUGGCGGCUGGCGCGGAGGGCUACACGGAGCCGCCCGGCCUCCCCGAGGACACCGAGCACUCGUCCCCCGAGGAACCCGACACAGCGGAGCUGCGCAGGCGCCGACUCCAAAAACUGGAACUGCCCUCCUCCGCCUCACAUUGAUGCUCCCGGGCGCCCCCUCCUGGCAGGCCUCGCUGCGUGCCUGGGCUGCUUCCCCCUUUGCCUUUGACACGUGGGGCCACACGCCACGAGUGCGAAGGGGCAGGAGAAGCGAGGCCGGGACCCCGCGGAACUGGUGCGGUCGAGGGCCAGCACAACAGGAAGCUGCGUGGGGAGGAGACCGGGGGUGCAGAACUGCCUUCGCCUUGAUUUAUACCUUUGCAGAGGAAACAGUUGCUCGCUUUUGCGAUACGGAUCAGUCCUGCCUCGCAAGGGUGGCUGUGCGUCUCGGCUCUGGAUCUCAGCCGGAUGGACUCACGCAGCACAGAAGUAGCGCUUUCGAGCUGGGAGGGCUUUCCCUCCCUCCCUCCCCUUUCUAACCGACAAGGUCACUGAUUCUCCGCCAUGCAUUUGGGAAGGGGGCGGUUCUGCUGACACGUCUUUGGUUUGGUUUUCUCCUGCCUCGGUUCCCUGGUGGUGGGCUUUCGUGUGCGUGUGUGUGUGGAGGUUGUGAGGACCCAUCCCAAGCGGGCAAGACUGCAGUGUCAAUCUAGGGAACAGCUUGGCGCGUGCCUGCCUGCUUUUCUUGUGGGUGCGACGCUCAGGUUUGUUCCUCCCCAUUUCCGUCGCACAGGGGUCUCCGAAUGGACAGGCCUCCAUCCCUUUUCCACCCUCAAUUCCCCCCUCUCCCAGUCAGGCGGGAUGGGAAACGGGGCCGUGGGGCUGCGAAUGAAGUUUUGCGGGCUCUUCCUCAGCUUGGGUUGGAGGCGUUCCGUUGCCAGAUUGCGAGCCCUGUGUUCUUCUCCGCUCCCUGUCAAGAUGGCCCAUUUUUCCACACGGCCCGUCGGUGACCCAGCUCUCUUGCACUUCCUCAUUUGGCUCCUUAAAAAUGGGUUCCAGCAGUUACGGGGCAAGCAGGCACCUGUAGAUUGAGAAGUGUGUCGCUCGGAGAAGGUUUGGCUCGUUCUCCUCCUCUUGGCUGCAGAAGAGCUGGGGACCAAGGAGGGAGAGGUUACCGUGCAAAUGCCGAAUCGUGGAGUUCCGGUUUGGUUUGUAGCCAGUUCUGCUAGUUUGUGGCGGUCCCGAUCCUGGUAUCCUUAGAGCCCGCUAGAGUUGGUGCUGUCUAGCCAGUCCUGCAGCUCCUUGCAGCGUCUCUUUGGCCUGUCCCCACAACGCUCGGCCCCGGCGCUCUUGGUUUGGAAGUUCUUGCCGAGGCACAGGGCUGUCCGUUCUCGGGGCCCAAAGGCGCUGCCGUCGGAAACCUGACUGCCUGGGCCCGUCGCAUUCCGUCCCCCUCUGGUGUGCUUUGCCGGAAGCUGGCGUUUCCAUCAGAUCAGCGUCAGGCGUGGCCCGGUUUCCGCAGGGUGGCAGGCGGAGGUUCUGUCCACGAAGGCGGGGCUUCCGAAAAGCGGCUUCCCUGUGCAAACAGCCAGUGGCGACGUGCUGGCUGCACCCUUCGUGCCAACACCAGGGCGCUCCAGGUGGAGACGUGAAGCGUGGGUGUCGAGUCUCGUGUGUCGCCCGUAGAGCUGACGGCCACGCUCGCGGGCCGCGCCUGGUCCCCCCCCACACCGAUACCCUGUAACGUGCCCCCAGGUUGCCUCUGACCGCCCGGCGAUUACUCCUAGCACAGCAGCUCGUGGGGACUAAGUUUUUGCUGGGUUUCUAAAAGGCAAGGCUGCAUCGGAUGGUUUAGACAGACCAGCUGCCUAGGCCGAAGUUCGGGCUUGUUAGUUCGUUUGCACUUAUUAAGGUGUAUCGUUCUCGGAUGGAUUGGUGAAACACAGUAUUAUCGUUGGCUUUUUGGUAGAGGAGCAAGGAAUGGGGCAGGGGGGAGAGAAGAGGUGCAGCAGAGGCGGUUUCAAGUAUUGCUUUCAAUAAAAGACUUUGAUCCAGGCUCCUGUUAAAUUCCUCUUUCUGCCUGCAAGGAGGCCUCGGCGUGCCGCUCGCUCUUGCCGCUCUCCUGCAAGUUGGAAGGACUGAAGCGUUCGCACGACUGUCAUGGAUGUGGCGGAUCUGACCAUGCAGGAAGGGCCUGUUUCUGCAAAGCAGGAUUUGCUUGGAAGAAGACAAAUGAGGGGUGACUUCUUGGUGCAACUCUUGCCUUGUCCGUACGUGAUGAUCUAAAUUUUAUUUUUAAACGGAGACCCUGGUGCUCUCUUCUGAGCAAGUGAAGGAAAAGCCAGUGCAUUGGUUGGGAAGGAAAGCAGUUCUCCAGUAAUGCCAUGUAGAGACUCCCCACUGCAGACACCCCCCCUCAAUCUGGUGCCCUCCCGAUGGGUGGGAUUACAAUUCCCAACAUCCCCGGGGCUUGCUGUGGGAUGCCGUCCAACGCAUCGGGAUGGAACCAGGUUGGGUUCCUGCAGUGCGGGGCCAGAAAGGAGCCUCCCAGGCUGAGUCUGCCCCGCUUCCUUGCAAAACAUCAUUUGACAGCCAGCGACGUCCUAACAGGGUGAUGCGGACUGGCGUUUUUGACCGGUGCAGCCCGUUCCCUCCAAAUGGCGCGCUCCCUCCCUCGCUCUGCGGUUCUUACCCCACCGAUCCUCUGCUCGUUCCGUUCUGGGCUCUGUCUCUGUUAAUUUCGGCACUCAAGGAUGGCAUUUAGCAAAGCGCUGGAGAGGCAUGUCCUCGAAACUGGGCCUCUUCCGGUCCAGCCGGACUGAAUUGCAGCCUGGGAGCGGGAUGCCGAAGGCCAGGAGGGCCCGGACCCCUUGGUGACCCUUGGCAGCCGCACCAGCUUGCCCCCUCAGACGCUCGGUAGCCGACUUGCUUGACCUUGGACACGCAAAUGGCACGGUGGCUGAUGCCUGGCCCGAGUUGUAGGAAUGAAUACUUCUUGGAGCGGAGAGAAGGAGAAGGAGCGUGAGCAGCAAGAGCUGAAAUCGGAAGAAAACGCAAAGGCGGGUUUUCUCCGCGUGAUUCCCGGGCCCUGCCCGGGCCUUCGCCUUCCCAUCGGCACAGAAUCCGCCGCUGAGGCCGCAGUUCAAAAUGGAGAGGCCCGCCAGGCGACUCCCAGGAGGCAGACAGAGACUCAGAUCUAUUAUCAGUUCACAACCGCUUAUUCUACAAUCCCCUUGUGCCGGCCCUCUUUUUUUUUUUUUUUUUUUUAAGGGUUUUGAUUUCAUGCACACUUGCUGUCUUGCUCCAAGUGGCCUUUCUGUUCACUCCUCCAAAGCGACGCCUUUGAAUGUGACUCGUUCAGAUGGGGGAUCCGUCUCGCCUUCACCUGCAGUGCUCCACCACCUGCCACGCAAUUCUGUACAGCCAAAAAUUCUAUUUUUUUAAAGUUCUGGUUUCUUAGGGAAAGAAGAGCUGGCCAGGAAAGUCAAGGGUGAGCCCCCACCCAGCCGCUCCCCUCACAAGUUCCGCAUUUCUGGGGUUCCGCAUCUAAUUUCAAUCUCUGGUGUAAAAGAAGAAAUUUAUAUUUUGUAAAAGCGAUAAUUGCACAUGGAAACGCUGCGUCAGGUUACUUGCCAAACCUGUAAUUUGCCCUCUUAAAAACAAAACAGACUUAAACUUUGUUUUGACUUCUCGUCAGUGGGUGGUUCUGAUUUCUUAUCACAUCGGCUGUGUUUGGCUCAGGGUUCACUGAACGCUCCCCCAGUUUUUUUGUUCUCAGACUUGGCUCCUUCCUAAGUUGAUUGCAAAACAUGAGGCAGUGCAACAGAACUGUUUACGGCCUCUUUUUCUUACAGCUGUUUGGCUGCAUGUUUCACGGAGGUGGAGAAGGUUUGGAAUAAUGUUUUGUAAAUACUGUAUAAUUUUUAAUAGCUUGAAUUGUAUAUAUAUGGCAAAUAAACUUGCACUAAAGUU